AGAUUCACACCCAGCACCCAAUCCACCGUCUCUAUUUAUAUUCAUUACCAAAUCACUGCAAGAACCUGAGUUUUCUUCUUUUCUUCGUAUACUUGUUCAUUCUCCUCUCUUUCUCUCUCUCUCUCAGGGAGGGUUACUGGGUUACUUCCAAGUAAUGCUUGCUGGGGUGUUUUCAGCUCUCAUCAACUUACAGUCUUGAGCUCGAACUAGCAAGGUGGAACUGGAAGGUAACAAUCUCUCCUGUUGUUAAGAGUUAGAGUUUUGGAAAAAAAUGAUCAAUAAUAAGUGUCUCCUGUUAUUGUUGUUAUGCUGCUGCUUUUCAAUACAAAACAGUAGUACUGUUUUUGGGUUGAAUUCUGAUGGGGAAACUCUCUUGUCUCUACUCUCCCACUGGUCAUCCGUGCCUUCUUCCAUAACCUCCACAUGGAAUGCUUCUCACCCAAAUCCAUGCAAAUGGCUUGGGAUUGCUUGUGACAAUACCAACCAUGUCCUCACUCUUAACCUUACCGGUUUAGCCAUUUCUGGCCAACUGGGUCCUCAGAUUGCUGGUUUGAGCCGAUUGAGAACCCUUGAUUUGAGCAGUAAUAAUUUCUCUGGUGCUAUACCUUCAGGUUUGGCCAGCUGCUCUUCCCUUGUUCAUUUGGAUUUGUCCGUAAAUGGGUUUACUGGACCCAUUCCUGACAGCUUCAACUACUUGCAAAAGUUGAGCUUCCUAAACUUGUAUUCUAACUCCUUGAGCGGUGCAAUACCAGAAUCAUUGUUUCAACUUACAUGUUUGGAGUAUGUGUAUUUGAAUGAUAACAACUUAAGUGGUUUCAUUCCUAUGAAUGUUGGCAACUUGAGUAAGGUUGUGGUUCUCUAUUUAUUUAAUAAUAGGUUGUCGGGUACCAUUCCUGAGUCUUUAGGGAAUUGUACUAAACUGCAAGAACUUUAUUUGGGUGGGAAUCAGUUGGUGGGGGUUUUGCCCCACAGUCUUAACAAUCUUCAAAACCUCAUCUAUUUAGAUGUCAGCCUAAACAAGUUCCAGGGCGUCAUUCCCUUAGGUUCCGGCAACUGCAAGAAUUUGAGUGUUUUGGAUUUGUCAUUCAACAGCUUUAGUGGGGGUCUUCCACCUGGGUUAGCCAAUUGUAGUAGCUUGACAGAGUUGGUUGCUGUGCAUAGUAACUUAACAGGUGUUAUUCCCUCUUCCUUAGGCUUCCUGGAUCGGCUAGUGAAACUUGACCUUUCUGAAAAUCGUUUGUCAGGGAAAAUUCCACCUGAACUUGGGAAAUGCAAGUCUCUGCAAAGACUGCUAUUGUAUGACAACCAACUCGAGGGGGAAAUUCCAAAUGAAUUGGGUAUGCUAAGUGAAUUGCAUGACCUUGAACUGUUUAUCAAUCAUUUGACUGGUGAGAUUCCAAUUAGCAUUUGGAGGAUUCCAAGCUUAGAGUAUCUCCUUGUAUAUAGUAACAAUCUUACCGGGGAGUUGCCUUCAGUGCUCACUGAGCUCAAGCUACUGAAAAACAUUUCAUUAUAUGACAAUCAGUUCUUUGGGGUCAUACCUCAAAAUCUGGGAAUCAAUGCUAGCUUACAGCAGUUGGAUUUCACUAAUAACAAGUUCACUGGUGCAAUUCCUCCAAAUCUUUGCUCUCGGAAGAAACUUAGGGUGCUUAAUUUGGGUCAAAAUCAGCUUCAUGGUAGUGUAACUGCUGAUAUUGGAGGCUGUAAAACUCUCUGGAGAUUGAUCCUUAAGCAGAAUAAUCUCACGGGUGUGCUCCCAGUAUUUGCAGAAAAUCCAAACCUUGCACACAUGGACAUCAGUGAAAAUAAGAUCACUGGUGCAGUUCCCUCGAGCUUGGGGAACUGUAGAAAUCUCACUUCCAUAAAUUUGUCCAUGAAUCAGCUCACAGGAUUUAUACCUUCGGAGUUAGGAAAUCUGGCAGAUCUUCAGACUCUCUAUAUUUCCCACAACCUUUUAGAAGGUUCUUUGCCAUCUCAGUUGUCAAAUUGCAGCAAAUUGGAAAAGUUUGAUGUGAGUUUCAAUGCACUGAAUGGUUCAGUUCCGCAUGCUUUUACAAGCUGGAAACAUUUGUCCACUCUGAUUUUAAGCGAAAAUCAUUUUACCGGAGGCAUUCCGUCUUUCUUGUCAGAAUUUGAAAUGGUUUCAGAGCUACAGCUCGGUGGAAACCCCUUUGGUGGCAAGAUUCCCUCAUCUAUUGGAGCAAUGAAGAAUUUGAUUUACGCCUUAAAUCUCAGCAGUAAUGGAGUGACUGGUGAAAUUCCUUCAGAGCUAGGAAAUUUGUUCAAGCUUGUCAGUUUGGAUAUUUCUCGUAAUAAUUUGACAGGAACUUUAACAGUUCUUGAUGGAAUGGAUUCCUUGGUUGACGUUAACAUUUCUUACAAUCACUUCACUGGUCCACUACCAGGAACACUGAUGAAUUUUGUGAACUCAUCUCCAUCAUCUUUCCUGGGCAAUCCCGGCUUAUGCAUCGAUUGUCAACCAUCAGGUGCAUCAGGCAGCAGGACUUGCCCUGGAAACAACUAUCUUAAUCGUUGUAAUAAUCGAUUGAGGAGUCAGAAGGGCCUUAGCAAAGUGGAAGUUGCAAUGAUAGCCCUUGGUUCCUCUCUGGUCGUGGUAGUGCUUCUUCUUGUCGUUUUGAUGUUCGUUUUCUGCAGAAAAAGAAAGCAAGAACUCGGGGUCUAUGCUGAAGAAGGCCCGUCUGCCUUACUCAACAAAGUGAUGGAGGCUACUGAGAAUCUCAAUGACAGGUAUAUGAUAGGCAGAGGGGCACAUGGAGUUGUUUAUAGGGCAUCACUGAGUCCAGGGAAUGAUUUUGCUGUUAAAAAGAUUAUGCUGACAAAGCAUAAACGAGGGAGCCUAAGUAUGGUCAGAGAGAUUCAAACCAUAGGGAAAGUUAAGCACCGAAACCUGAUCAGGUUGGAAGACUUUUGGUUAAGAAAAGAUUAUGGUUUAAUCUUAUACAGGUACAUGCAGAAUGGGAGCCUUCAUGACGUUUUACAUGCAAUUAAUCCUGCACGAAUCCUGGACUGGAGUGUCCGCUAUAGGAUUGCAGUUGGAACGGCGCAUGGAUUAGAAUAUCUCCAUUAUGACUGUGAUCCUGCUAUAGUUCAUCGAGACAUCAAGCCGGAAAACAUCCUCCUGGACUCCGACAUGGAGCCUCAUAUCUCUGAUUUCGGAAUUGCUAAGCUUCUGGAUCAGUCUGCUCCUUCAGAACCAUCUACCUUGCUUGUGGGCACUAUUGGAUACAUUGCUCCAGAGAAUGCAUUUACAGCUACCCGGAGCAAGGAGUCGGAUGUAUAUAGCUAUGGGGUUGUUUUGCUUGAGCUGAUAACCAGAAAGAGGGCAUUGGAUCCAUCAUUCAAGGGAGAGACAGAUAUUGUGGGGUGGAUUAGGUCUGUUUGGAGCCCCACAGAAGAUAUAAAUAGGAUUGCUGAUUCAGGCCUGAUGGAUGAGUUUACUGAAUCAGAGAUCAGGUAUCAGGUAAUUGAUGUGCUUUUGGUAGCUUUGAGAUGUACUGAAAAGGAACCAAGCAAAAGACCUACAAUGAGAGGUGUAGUGAGGCAACUGUUAAACUCAAAUAUCACUGAGAGAAGCAAACAUUAGCUUCGGUUUCUUGAAUGUAGACAGCAGCAUAAAUUUUGUAGCCUGGUUUUCUGCCAUCUUAUGUGCAUUCAGUGUCAUUAUUUUUAUAGGUUUAAUUGAAUCAUGCAGGCAAGCCUUUUUCCCUUGCUGUCUUAACUCAUAUCACCUUAAAGUUUGAAGGGAUGGCCACUGCCCACUGAAACUUUUUUCCUAGAAAAGUGAUGGCCGUUGUUAAAGACCAACUCAGAAGCCUAUUACAGAGACCUUAUUAUGUCCUUGUUUAUCAAA